CUCUUCCCUGCUGAGAAACACAAAGUUCACACGCGAGCGGCUUUUGUUGACAUUUUUUUCUCUCCCACUCACACUUGACUCGAGUUUGGGAGAGAGAACUUUCUUUUUCCUUUUUUUUUUUUCUUUUUUUUUUCCCCUUCCCCCCCAUCUUCCCCCUUCUUCUUCCCGUCCCUUAACUACGCUGCCGCACUCCGCCGGGCCGGCUCUUUCCACCGCCGUCCCCGACUCCUGUUAUUAUUAUUACUCCUCCUAAUUCCCGCCGCCGCUCCUGACGGCGGGGCAGGAUGCUCCUGAGGCUGCUGUCGCUGCUGCUGGCGGCCCAGCCGCACCGCGCUCUGGCCUCGCCGCCGGCACCUGCCGACCCGGGAGCGCCGCCGCCGCCGCCCCCCCGGCCCCCCGCCCCCGGGCCGCCCCGCGGGGCCAGCGGCGUCGUGCGGCGCCUCGACCCGACCUACGCGGGGGGCGGCAAGGCGGGGUAUGUGCUCUACGCCGGGGGACAGCGCUUCCUGCUCGACCUGGAGCGCGACGGGCCGCGCUGCCACUACCGCGGCACGGUGGACGGCAGCCCGCGCUCCCUCGCCGUCUUCAACCUCUGCGGCGGCCUCGACGGCUUCUUCGCCGUGGGGCGCUCCCGCUACACCGUCCGGCCGGCGCGGCGCGGCGCGGAGGCGGCCGGACCGCGGAUCUACGGGGAGGGCCCGGCCCGAACCCCGCACCUCUUCCGCAGGGAGCGCUUCAGCUUCGAGACGGUGCCCGCCCGCACCAGCUGCGAGACCCGCGACCCCGCCGGGGCGGAGGGGGGGGACGGGCGGCGGCGGCGGCGGCGUCGCUCCGUCUCCCGGGCCCGGCAGGUGGAGCUGCUGCUGGUGGCCGACGCCUCCAUGGUCCGCAAGUACGGGAAGGGGCUGCAGCACUACCUGCUCACCUUGGCCUCCAUCGCCUCCCGGCUCUACGCCCACGCCAGCCUGGAGAACCACGUCCGGCUGGCCGUGGUGAAGGUGGUGGCCCUGGGCGAGAAGGAGAAGGGGCUGGAGGUCAACAGGAACGCCGCCACCACUCUCAAGAACUUCUGCAAGUGGCAGCACCAGCACAACCGCCUCGACGACGACCACGACGAGCACUACGAUGCCGCCAUCCUCUUCACCCGCGAGGAUUUAUGUGGGCAUCAUUCAUGUGAUACUCUGGGAAUGGCAGACGUUGGGACCAUAUGCUCUCCGGAGCGCAGCUGUGCGGUGAUUGAAGAUGACGGCCUCCACGCAGCUUUUACAGUGGCUCACGAAAUUGGGCACUUGCUUGGACUUUCCCAUGAUGACUCCAAAUUUUGUGAGGAGAACUUUGGCUCCAUGGAAGACAAGCGCCUGAUGUCCUCCAUUCUGACCAGCAUUGAUGCUUCAAAACCCUGGUCCAAAUGCACUUCAGCAACUAUUACAGAAUUUUUUGAUGAUGGUCAUGGUAACUGUUUGCUGGACCAACCGAGGAAACACAUCGUGGGCCCCGAGGAGCUGCCGGGACAAACGUACGACGCCAUUCGUCAGUGCAAGCUGGCGUUCGGGCCCGAGUACACCGUGUGUCCCGGGAUGGACGUGUGCUCUCGCCUCUGGUGUGCCGUGGUGCGCCAAGGGCAGAUGGUCUGUCUGACUAAGAAGCUCCCUGCUGUCGAGGGAACACCGUGUGGAAAAGGAAGGAUCUGCCUCCAAGGAAAAUGUGUUGACAAAACCAAGAAGAAAUACUACUCAGCUUCAAGCCAUGGUAACUGGGGCUCCUGGGGGCCUUGGGGACAGUGCUCCCGGACCUGUGGUGGAGGAGUUCAGUUUGCUUAUCGCCACUGCAACAACCCAGCUCCCAGAAACAACGGGCGGUACUGCACGGGCAAGAGGGCCAUCUACCGCUCCUGCAACGUCGCUCCCUGCCCCGCCAACGCUAAGUCUUUUCGACAAGAGCAGUGUGAAGCAAGGAAUGGCUAUCAGUCUGAUGCAAAGGGUGUCAAGACAUUUGUUGAAUGGGUCCCCAAGUAUGCUGGAGUACUUCCCGGAGAUGUCUGCAAGCUCACCUGCCGAGCCAAGGGAACCGGCUAUUAUGUGGUGUUUUCUCAGAAGGUAACUGAUGGUACUGAAUGUCGACCGUACAGCAACUCAGUCUGUGUCCGAGGAAAAUGCAUCCGGACUGGUUGUGAUGGCAUCAUCGGCUCAAAGCUCCAGUAUGACAAAUGUGGGGUGUGUGGAGGAGACAACUCCAGCUGCACAAAAGUCAUGGGCACCUUUACCAAAAAGAGCAAGGGCUACACAGACGUAGUGAGGAUCCCCGAAGGGGCAACCCACAUCAAAGUUCGGCAGUUCAAGACUAAGGACCAGAGCAGGUUCACUGCCUACCUGGCCCUGAAGAAGAAAAACGGUGAGUACCUUGUCAAUGGGAAAUACAUGAUCUCUACUUCAGAAACAAUCAUUGACAUCAACGGGACUGUCAUGAACUACAGCGGAUGGAGCCACAGAGACGAUUUUUUGCACGCGAUGGGACACUCUGCCACGAAGGAGAUUCUGAUUGUGCAGAUACUGGCGACCGAUCCAACGCAGCCCGUGGACGUCCGCUACAGUUUCUUCGUGCCAAAGAAACCCGGGCAAAUGACUAACUCUGUCACCAGCAAAGUGACUCCGCAGCUCACGCAACCCCGCUGGGUUACGGGGCCGUGGCUCUCCUGUUCUCGAACGUGUGACACGGGAUGGCACACCAGGACUGUCCAGUGCAAAGACGGGCAUGGAAAACUAGCUAAGGGUUGUCUUCUCUCUCAGAGACCGUCAGCAUUUAAACAGUGCUUGUUGAAAAAGUGUUAACCUGUGGUCGUGAUCUUCUUUAAAAGAGGUUUGAUUAAGCCAUUGUUGACAUACUGGUAUUAGGUCUGCCCAGACAGAGCGAAGCAAAGGCUUCAAUGUACUUACAUACAGUCUCAAAUUAUGGGCAGAAUCUGCCUAUUUGGACCAAAUGAAGAUGUGCACUGCUUUAAGUAAUAGUAGGGUGAUCUUAAUAUGUCAAAAAAACUAAGCAUUAAAGUUGUUACAAGCCCUCUGUGUCUGCAAAAAUGUAAACUAAAAUAAUGCAAAAGAAGAAGAACUAGUGAAUGGAGGAGCCUGGGAUAUUUAAAGGUUACAGAAUCAUCUCCCCUUUUUCACCUACCUCUAAUACAGUAUGUCCUUAGAAAAUGCCACAUGUACCCAUGAUCCCACAGUAGCUUAUUUUAUACUGUUUUGUAAAUAUCUUUCAUUCAGUAUGUCACUUUAUAUGACAUGGUUCUAUUAAGAAAUGAAAAGACAAACUACAUAAGCAAAGUGAUUGACCAAAGUAUAUCUGUAGCCCUUUUGGACUUGGUCCGUUCUUCAAAAAGGGCCACAGAUGUUUUACUGGAAAAUGAAGAGCUUGCUGCUGGUUUUAAAAAGUAAUACCUUUUGGUUUUGACAAAAGGAAAUACAUUUUCAUGCUAGAAUUUCCUGACAGUAUAUAUCAUUAUUCUAUGACAAGUACUGUGUAUCCACCAAGAAAUUCUCAGAAGGAGCGGUGCAGCAGCUUGCAGACCAGAACACCCCACGUGUACAUUGCUCAAAUACCAGGACCAUCAGCAGCUCCUCACCAUGUGUGUGUCAGGCAUGCACAGAAGGAGGAUUUGGCUGCUAGGAGGAAUUUGUGUACACUGUGCUUGUAAACCUUUCACUUAGUUCCAGCUGUGCCACAGCUUGGGGUCCUUGUUGUCAGUUAACAAUAGCUGCUAGCUGCUUCUUUCCAUGAAACAAAGGCAUACUGUAUUUUGUAGAAACUAGUUAGAGAACCAAAAAUUACAGGUAAGAUAAUCAAGUGUCUUCUAACUCAGAUAUUCUGAGGCUGUGUUCAGCUGCUUUCUCUGUUAUUUUCUCUAUGGCUUCCACCUUGAAUCUAACAAUGUGUAAUGUACCUACAUCUUUUCAAGAGGCUAUAAAGGUCAAAAAAACACAGCAAGCAGUUAAUAUUUUAUCACUGUUUUGUCCAUCAUGUCUAACUCUGGUAUUCAUCUUACCAGCAAAAGUUUGUAACUGUUUGUCUUUUUUGAUUGUUUUGUGUGUCUUUUGGGGUUUUUUAAAUCUAUAGAAGGCAUUCAUGUUUUGUAUAUCUACCACAUUUGGGAGGAAGAGGGGUCACUAGGAAGUCAAACCACAUCAGGAUGUGGAGGACUUGUCCAAUAUCAAUAAGACUGUUUCCACAGUACAGGCAGUAGCUGGUAAUAGUUUUCAUUGGCAGCAGUUCCUGAAUCCCAUUAUUGUCUGGUAGAAGUUCUGUUACUGAGGAUGGACAUUUCACCUUAUGCAGGUGAAGGCCUGAUAGCAAUCCUGUUAAAAUUGCUUCCUCUUAUAUCAGCAGGCUUUGAAUUAAGCCCUGAGAUAACAGGUAGUGAAAGAAACAGUUAAAAAACACUGAUGGAAUUAGAAUCCCAUCUGUCUUUUAUGCCUUUGUUCAUCCACACAGGAGAGUCCAGGAUCACAGGAGGAUUUUCAGACAAGCCUCACAGCUGUGAGUCAGUGGUCCUCGAGCACCUCAGGCUUUUCUGAAAAUCCCAUGAAAUCAGGAGGGAAAACUUGUUGGAGUGUGUAGCAAGAAGGGCAAGUCUGACUCCAGGCUGACACAAACAUGUUUUUGCAACUGUGGCAUGUUUGUAUGAACUCUUAGAAAUCAUGUGAUGAUUUCAAAACAGCAUAGAGUUGCUACAUCCACAACUGUGAAACCUGGAGAAGUAUCUAUUUUUGUACCUUGUUCUAAAUAAACAGUAACAGGGGCAGGGCCUCCUCCUCUGUUAAAUGGAUCACCAACAAAUGUUACUAAUCAUCUUCAGCUUUCAAAACCGGUGUGGCCUUCUGUUUAGGAGUAGUCCCUAUGCAAAAUUGUGGGUCUUGAGGAAAACUCCCCAUUUAAUCUUGAUCCCACCCUAAGAACUGGGAGGCUCUGAAUAUUUGCAGAGAGCCUUCUCUGCCUGUUAAAAUAAGAUCGCUUUGAAAUGCCUUAUUUUCCUUUCAGGUAAUCAAAUUUCUAUACUUAUCUAUAUAUUACCCAUGUUCUAGAACCUCUCGAAAAAGUCAAUAACAAAUAGAAACCAUCAUGAGAGGAAAAAUCAGGAGAUUUAAUGUGUCUCAGCACAGACUUAACAUUUGUCUCAGCAUACAGCUGCUGCAUUAAGUGGUAUUUGUUUUUCCUGCGUUUUUUCAUAAUAGACACAGAAUGUACAAGUAUUUGUGUUUUCAUGAUGGUUAUAAUUUAUUAUAUAUUCAAAAGGAUGAGUAAAGCUUUUGGAUGCUGUUUAGGCUCCAGAAGAGUAAUACCAUACGCGGGUAUAAAUUUAAAGCUUCCUUAGAUCAAGAGUAUCUUUUCCACUGAAAGAGUUUAUUUAUAUAAAUAUAAAUAAGUAUGAGAACAAACCACUAUAGUGACUUUACCCUUUUCACCAGUGUAGCAAUGAAGCAUAGUAUCAUGAGCAAAGAGCAGUUGCCCUUCUAUGGUGAGAGGGCAAAGGGGACAGACCAAGGCAGGACCCUAAAAGUGUAAGAUAAACUAGGUCAGCCUGCUGUAGUUAACACAGCCUGCUGUAGUUAACUGUUACUUUUUUAGGUGUUCUUGGUAGUCAGAUUCCAAUUCCAAACCUUCCUUCUGUCAGUCAUGGCUGUCUCAUGUAACUGAUGAAUGAAGAAUUGGUGGAAGGUAUCUGAGUUUGUCAUGUCCACAUCUGUUCCCAACUAAAUUCUGUGUCACUCGCUCUGUUACAUCAUUGUUUACAUCGCUACCCAGUGUUGCCAAGCUGGAGUCAUAAAAUGCACCUAGGGGAUAGAAACCCAGAGUUUUGCUCUUGGCAUAUUAAGGAACAGUCCUCAGUUAAAUUCACACUGACUUUGGGACACACUUAGGGUGCCCUUAGGUGAAUUUGGACCUCUAAGCUUUGGUGGGUUUUACAGCAUCUGCUUUUCAAAUAAGAGAUUCUCAUUAGGAAAAAGCCUGUCAACUUUGGUUUGACUGUAUACAAGAAAUUAAAUUUAGCUGCCCUCCUGUGGAAACAGUUUUAUCACAAGGGGGAGAGGGAAUAAUCUUGUGGAAUAAUAACAGCUGUUUAAAAAAAGAAAAGGGCAACACAGCACUGAAAAAAAUAAAGUAAUUUAUUGUUUUUACAACUGGUAUGUGAAUGGAUGUAAUGAAUUUAUUUAUUCUUAUUUAACAAAAUACCAAUUGUGCAAAUUCUAUAUUUAAAAUGUUUUGCUAUCAUCUCUGUCUCUCACUUUCUCGCUCUCUUUUAAUUUAUGCUUCAGAUUUGUGUUGAAAGUAUGCCUUGUGAGUUUACAUAAUAUAUGGCACUGGUUAUUUUUU